AUGGGUAGGAGAAAGGAAACGAUUGCGGAGGACUACUGCUUCGUCUGUAAGGAGGGAGGAAACCUCCUCAUCUGCGAGCACAAGUGAGUGGUUGCCUAUCCUUUUUUCGUAGAUUCUCUCUCUCUCUCUCUCUCUCUCUCUCUCUCUCUACCCCCGUGUUCUUGCUCUUGAUCUUGUUCGGCGGAGUGUUCUAGAUAGAGCGGGGGCCAGGUGGGCCUUCAUUGAAACACCCAAUGCUCUGUGACUGUCUGUGGAUCUCUGCCUGCCCGAUUUGAGAUGUUUGCGUCUCAGACAUUUUUUAUUCACUGGAUAAAUAUUUUUUAUAUCGUAGAAGAGGCGCGUUCCAUUAGAGAAGAAAAAAAGAUGAAGAACCUAGGGGUAGCUAACAAUGCCAAGUUUUCUCUUGUGAUCGCAGCAAGAGUAAGACCAAUGGGGAAUAGAGUAGGAGAUGCUCUAGUCCACCGACACAGAGUAGGAGAUGCUCACAGACAUGAGAUUGUCAGGCUGUCAUUUGUUCUCUGAUGUCAAUACACAGAAAACAUCUUAGAAGUGGCCCCACAGACAGUAAACUUCGAUCAUGGGCUGCAGGCGAGUGCUGGCCUCUGAACGAGAAAUCAUCUGUCUUUUAAAUGUCUGCUUCUGAGGAAUUUCUCUGGUGGAGUAAUCUACAAAACGAUAAAUCUUUAGGAAACAGCGGUGGCCUUGUUUAUUAAAAAUUGAAAAUUACUUUAAUUUUAAAAAAAUCGUAGAAAUAUAUACAAACAGUCUUGUUCCAUGAAAAAAGUAUGUGCCCUUGUUUCUAUUUUUUUUUCUUCAGAAUCUAUUCAUUUUCAUUGUUUUUAAAAAAAUUUAACGUAUUGUUCACAUAUGAUUGAUCGAGUGCCUUAUUAAACUAUCGCUAACACUAAGUAAGGUGAGUGAGAAGCAAGCAAAUCAAACAAUGAACCAAUACUGUCUCCAAGCAAGGACAAUCAAAAGCUUAAAAUUGAAUUCCCUUUCAACAAGGGAAAUAGUAAAAAUGUUUCGGCAUCUAAGAAGGUAUCAAAAUCAAGAAUGUCUCAAAACACAUUCAAAAAGAAGUAUUUUAAGAAUAAAAGAUAGAGAAGGUGCAUACUCACAGAUGGCUGAGCUUUAGAAGAGCACAUAAAGAGUCCAUACUCUCAGGAAUUGUUUGGUGAAAGCUACCGUAGAUAAAGCAGUUUGUCAUUUUCUGGUCUCGGAUUGUUAAUAUGGUAUGCAUAGGCUUCAAGUUUACAUUCAGUUUGAGUAAUUUUAUUUUUCUAUAUAAAUUGUGGUUUAUACCAAAAAAAAUUGUCAUCACACAUUGCAAUAUCUGAACUAGUUUUUGCUUGAUGUUUCAAGGAAAACCAUUCUUAUUUUUUUUUAUAUAAUUUUUGGAUCCACAGCAGAAUAGCUAAGAUUCUAUCACUAUCCCUGUACAGUUUGUCCAGUCUUUCAAUUACAUGCUUUAAAUUAUUAGAAACAACCAUAUUCUUCGGUUAUCUCCAAUUUAGCAUUUGUGUUAAUCCAUGUUUUAAUUUUUUAGCAUUUUUUUUCUACGUUCUAUGGUUUCAUUUCUUCAAAGCUAACGAUAAGUUAUUCAAUAGAGGUUGUCUUAAAGUAUAUCAUCCUCAGUGUGUGGGCAAGGACGAGUCCUUUCUGGAGGCAGAAGAGCGCUGGACUUGCAGUAAGAUAGCUGAUGCUUUUAUCACAUUUUUUGAUAUUGUUUCUGACUCAGUUCCCUAGACUGACUUAUUCCUAUCCCUCUUAGCAUGAAAUCUCAUGCUUUACAAACUGUGGCGGCUCUUCAUGCAAAUUCUUCAUCUUGUUCUGACUCAUUAUUACAUUUUAUAAUUCAUGCGAAACAGAACAUCUCGUUCCUUUAUGACCUAGAUUACUAGAUGCUCUGCAUUUUGUGACAAAUUAUUUGUUAUUCUUUCUGUCAAGUUAAGCAAACUGAGUUAGCUUGUGUAGAAAUUAAGAAUGAAAGAAGAAGAGACAAUUGGAGAAUAGAGAGGGGAAACACCUGAAAUCUAUGGUGUAGAAAUGGCGGAGAAGAAUAACGUUCUCACAGUUCCCACAACCCAAAGGCAAUAGCAUAUGUGAUUCCAACAUGGUACAUGUCAUUUGGAUCCAAGCAGACCCAACAACGAACAAAUAAUUAUUCGUCAAAAACUUUUAUUAUUUUAUGGUAUUAUUCGCUGAUGGCGCAUGAGUUGUGUUGAAAUGAUUUUUUAUGGAAUAACUUUCUCACAGUUCCCACAACCCAAAGGCAAUAGCAUAUGUGAUUCCAACAUGGUACAUAUCAUUUGUGAUCCAAGCAGGCCCAACAACGAAAAAAUAAUGAUUUGUCAAAAACUUGUAUUUUUUGAUGGUAUUACUUGCUGAAGGUGCAUGAGUUGUGUUGAAAUGAUUUAUUGUGGCAUCUAUCUCAUUGGUGAUAGGUUGGCAUACGUGCUUCACCUGCAAUAGGAGUUCAAAAUUUCAAUGUUUCUGUUGUCCAAAGGCUUUCUGUAAAGCGUGCAUCAGAGCUACUGAGUUUGUGGAAUUGAGGAACUCAAAGGGAUUCUGCAGUUACUGCGUGAAACUGUUAAUGUUGGCGGAAGAAAAUGCAGAUCUUGACUUGGAUGAAGUAAGCUUCUCCACUGGCACUAUGAUGUUUCUUAUUUUUUUAACUAUAUGUUCUUCACUGUUGUUCUACUUUACUCUGUUCAAAAAAUUAAAGAGCGGCUUGCCACUCCUCCUGUAUGAAAAAAAUUCCAAAAAUUCCACGUUAUCGUUUGAAUGCAAUAACUGAAUUAAGACGCUGAAAUUUCACAAUUUUCAAGCACGAUCCUUCUUGGAAAUUAAAAAAAUGGAAAAAAAAACUGGCAACGACAGUCAUUGUAGUAAAGUAGAUUAAAAGAUCUCAUUGGAAAGGUGUAACAUGUAUAUGCCUCAAUUAUUCUAUUAUUUAUUGGUUCUAGUUUGUCGGUAUCCAUGUUAUCUCAUCAUCAUUUUUUCUUAAUUAAUACCUGAAGUUAUACGCAGUUGACUACUUGCAAAGUUCAUUUUACAGGGAAAAAUGGACUCUGAGGAUACUGAAACUCCCGAGUUCUUGUUCAUGGAGUACUGGUAUCUCAUCAAAAAACAAGAGAAGAUAACCUCGAAAGAUCUCUGUGAAGUGGAAGCUCUGUUGAAGAAAGAACAGAAUUAUAAAGUUCCAUGUAAGUACGGUCAAAAUAUCGAAGAACAAGGAGAAAUGAUGUCUAAUUCGGAGGAUACUUGUAACAGACUUGAUGGUGAAAAAGCGUCAUUCCUGGAUAACAGAGCAUUGAGGACUAGGCACAAUGGCAGCUCAAAAAGACUUAGAUUUAAGAAAAGAUACUUCAGAGGCUGGGGAUCUGUUGAACUCAUCGAAUUCCUUACUUUCCUUGGAAAAGAUGCGACGCAGCCCCUGGAUAGGUGGGAUGUUAAUAAAAUCAUAGAGAGCUACAUUCAUGAGAACAGUCUUCUGCAUCCCUACAGGAAGAAAAAGACGGUUUUGUGCGACGAGAAGCUGCAUACCCUUUUUGGCAAAGGCACUGUGAAGGUUCGUAAGAUAUAUAAUCUAUUAGAAGGCCAUUUUGCCUCAAAUCCAGCUUCAGAUGACUCCGCUUCCGGAUCAGAAGGGGAUUCUGAUCUAGAAACUAGAAAGAAGUCGAGGACAAGUUCUGACCCCAAGAAAGGAAAUCAAGGAGAAGACGUGUGUGAGCUUCCAGGAGGCCGGUUUGCCUCAAUGGUAUACGAAAACAUUAAGUUGGUCUAUCUCAGGAGAUCCCUGAUCAUGGAGCUGUUGAGUAACCCACAAACAUUUGAAAGAAAAGUAAUCGGAUGUUUUGUGAGAAUCAAGAAUGAUCCUAAGGAUGUUAACUUUUCGCCUGAUAAAGUCUACAUGCUUCGAAAAGUUUCUGGUUAGUCAACUUCGUUCUUAGUGAUCAGUUCACAACUUUAACUUUCCUUUCAGCUUGGCGGAGGUAGUAACCAGACGUGACAUGGCAGGCAUCAGCAUUGUCUCAGAGGCGUACAUGGUUGGGGGAGAGAGCACAAGCAUUGUUUUGUGUGCUUCUAACUGCUCGAAAAAUAUCCAUAUUUCUAUGCUGUCCGAUGAUGAUUUCGAGGAGGUAUGCACACUAUUUAUUGCUCCUUUAGUGACAUCCUUAAGAUAUUCGGCAGUGUGAAAAUCUUUGUGUGAUUUUUUUUUCUCAUUUAUUACCUUUAUAAAAACAUUUUCCAUGAUUGUUUUAAUUUAUUUUGCCUUUUCUACGAUGACUUCAACUUAUUGUUGUAGUCUUGGCACUCAGUUUAUUGAAGAACCGCGCUUUAUUAUAAUUUCCAAUAUCCAGUGCCGAUUGUUGUCACCUGAUCUCGUUGACAGGUAGAGUGUGAAGAUCUCCGGCAGUUGGUUCAGAAAGGGCUCUUCGCUAGGCCCACUGUUGUAAGUUCUAGGCUAAUAUAGCAAUCACUGAACUUUAUCCAGCAUGUUAUAUGCUAUAAUAUAAUUGAUUACUUGUCUUAAUUAGAGAUAUUUCGGAGGAUCUCUUGCAAUUUCUCUUCUUGACUUUCCUCACAGCUUGUCUUAUGUGCCAUUUUCAGGUAGAAUUCGAGGAAAAAUCCAGAACCAUUCAUGAAGAUAUCCUGAACCAUGUAUUAAGACUGUUAUUUGCAAUAUAUACAUAUAUAUAUAUAUAUAUAUAUAUAUUAUUAAUGAUUAUUACCCCGGGGUUACAUCCACUUUUUUAUCUAUAAUUUCUUCAUGCUCAUGAACCCAUUGAGUGGUUCAACAUGAGGAUGUUUAUAUAACACGAAGUGUUUUCACGCUUAUAUAUAUAUUUCUGCUUCUCACUGUUAUUACUUGUACUGGCUUUGUUUCUCAGUGGAUCAAACGAGAAAUCUCAAUUCUGCAAAGGAAAAUUGAGAGAGCCAACGAGAAAGGAUGGAGUAGAGAAUAUCCUUGUCAGUUUGACAUUGGAUGUACAUUCUGAAAAUGCAUUCUGAGUCUGACUUCUUGUGUGCGAUCUAGAAAACAUUAACUGAGAGAAUUUAUAACCUUAAUCUAUAAACCUCUGAUACGACUUUAUGAUUCAUUUCGAACCAUAUAGGGAAGCAUAAACUUGGUGGGUUCAUCAGGAGUUCUUAGAUAUCACCUUCAGAUUUGCAUGACUAGACGCUUAUAGAAAAAUAUGCUUCAUUUUUGUGAAAGAGGAUGGGUUAUAUCUAUGGACCGAAUCACAUUUGGGCUUCUAUUUUUCCCAAAAAAGAAGUGAAUUUUGAUUUUUAUCUUUCACUAUAUUUGGGUUAUGUGCAUAGUGCCAACCUUGACCUUGUUCUGAUUCUCACAAAAUGGGAACAUAUAGAGAGAAGAGCUCUUCUUCAAACAGACAGCGAGCAAGAACGCCUCCUGAAGGAGAUCCCGAAAGCCAUUCCAGAUGUGGAAGAACCAGCGGGGGAUAGACCAAAUCCUCCGCUGAAGAUCCAGAAAGGAGGUGAAGAUGAAGGUUUUUUCUUCAUAGCAUAUCUUUUAAUAGUAAAGUUUGACAUUAAUUUUAAAAAAAAACGAUCCCCUUUAAUCUAA